AUGCGAAAUAUUUCCGUUUACUUCUUAAGGACCUGCUUCUCACCUGUCAAAAACGUCAAGUUGAAGCGUGUAGACUUCGAACUCGAGAGUGAACCUCGUACAGUAUGCUGGAAAUGCCACACGUUCGCUCAGGAAAAGAGUCUGAAGGAAUCACCAGAGGAUAUUGCUCUGUUUGAACCAUCAGAUAUCGAGUUCGAUGCUGGUUUCAUUGAGUUCCUUAAGAAGUUGGAACAGCGCCAGGAAAUGAUAAAGGAGUCUGCCUUGCGCUUACUCUCACCACCUCGUCCAAGUCUGCUGCCGACCGAGCAGGGUCGCCUGGAGAAGUCUGUUCAGACGACAAGCACCUGCACGUCUCUCCCAGCCGAUGCGUUCGUCCCCGAGCUUCCUUCACCGGACUUGGCUGAAUUCCAUGAUGCCCAGGUUGAUAUCGCGAGCACUGUUGAUCAUUUUGUUGACGCUCUCUUCGAUUUCGAGCCGAAAUCACCCUAUAACGAGUCAACUUACAAAAGCUACUCUACUUCUUGCUUCUUCCCGUCAAGGCAUGGAAACUGGGGAGCCCAGGACUACUUUGGCUCUUGGGAAAGGUCAUUCAGAAAGACUGCCCUACCUUGGACUCAUCGAACAAUCCAACAAGUGAACUCAAUUCGCGAGAUGGAUUCACCCUCGGUGGUCGAGGACUUAAUAGCUCUUCAUGAUAGCGCUUCGAUUUCUCAUAGGAUGCAAAAGUGGAUCGCUGCCCUAUUGAAAAUGCUGGAACAAAAGCCGACGAAGAGCAGAAAACUUCUCAGAGGACUCAUAAAUUAUUCCAAAGAACACAAAUCGUCAAAGUCGUCAAAGUCACGUAAUGGUGUACACAGUGUCUCCCCAUCGAAAAACACAGACACUGAGGUAACAGAAUCCAGCGCGGAAUCUGGCCCAACGCCAUCGGAAAAUGUCAGUCCGGCUGUCGAUGUUUACGAAUACAUGAGAAUGAAACUGAAAGAGCACGAAAAAUCAAAGAAGAAAACCGAAAAAGUUAGCGCUGAGGAAUCGAAAUUGAGGAAAACGAAGAAAGAGAAAAAUCAGAACGAUAUUCGUGUGUACAUGGUGGGAAGAAAGGUGAGCUCUUCCAUUUGCUGA